AUCAAUUUCUACUACUGGUAUAUGGGUGAUGAUCAUGUUCUUAAAUUUGUCAUUUUUAUCUUCAUUUGCCUUACAAUUAAACAACAUUACACAUAUUACUGACAAUAAUUCUACUAAUUUAGAUGAUUAUCUCUAUAAUUACUCCUCAAAAUCAUUACCCAAAAAGCCUCACACAGGUGUUCUGUACAAUAUAUCUCUCCCUGGUAAUUUUUCUGGUGUGAAGGUUUCAGUUAUGAGGUUAAGGAGCAGUACAUUAUGGGGUAAAGGAGUAAAUUCGACAUAUUUCGAAAUACCACCAAAAAUAUACACAAUCCCUUAUGUGAAAAGAUUGGAAAUCAUGUAUGAAAACUUGGGGAAUUUAUCAUCUCAUUACUAUGAGUUACCUGGGUAUACAUUUCUCACCAAAGUCAUUGGUUUCGCGGUGUAUGAUGCCUCGGGCUCAAGUGGAGAAAAGAGGUCGAAAAGGCUUAAUAUCACCUUAAUAGGGGAGCCAAUUAAGGUGAAGUUUUCUAAAGGGGAAUUGUUAUUAUCUCAAGGAAGAAAUAAUAGUAAUGUGAAAAAUAAUAAGGUUAAAAAAUGUGUUAGAUUUGAUCCAUUGAAUGGUUUGGUUGAAUUGGGUGAUAUGUUAAGGCCUAAUGUUUGCUUGUCACAAGGUGUAGGGCAUUUUGCUAUAGCAAUGCCUAAAGUUAAUGACUCUACACCACCACCACCACCACCUUCACCUCUGCCUUCACCACCUUCGCCGUUGUUGCCAUCUUCUCUAGGAAGAAGAGAUAAAAGGAAGAAGAAAAUCAUCGCGUUGUGGGUGUGGUGGGUGGUUGGAUUCGCGGCUGGAUUUGUUGGUUUGAUGUUGUUGGUUGUGUGUAUUGUUCUUGGUUAUAAAAUAAUAAGUUCGAGGAAAUUCAAAAGAAUGGAAAGAAUGUCAGAGAAGAGUGAGUCUCUUGAUACAACAUGGAUUGGUAAUAGUAAGUUGCCUUUGGCUCCUGUCACUAGAACUCAGGCAGUUCUUGAGAAUGACUUUGCUCCUUGAGAAUUAUUUUCAGUUUUCCUUUUUUUAGUUUGUGUUCCAUGUUCUUUAAGAUAGUUUAAUUAGUUUCGUGAAUGUACACUAUACUUAGCAUUGCAAUUGUUCAUGGGAAACUGUAAAUUAAUUUUGAGCUUCAUUUUGCUUUUAUAUAUUUGCUUUAGCUGGUGAAAUUUCCCUUAAUAUACUUGCACUAUUCAAAACAAAA